AUGAUCCACCGCGAAGUAGCCGAUGGUCUAGAGCGUCUUUGGAACCAUGUGGCAGACCAGGUUGAUAAGAGGUACUUGAUUAGAUUCAGUUAUAUUGAAAUCUACAAUGAAAAGAUCAAUGACCUCCUGGAUAAGAGCAAUCAGGGUUUAACUAUAAGAGAAGAUAUCAAAGGAAAUGUGCUGCUUGAUGCAAGGGAAGCUGUCGUAGACAAUGUUGAUCAAGUUAUGGAGAACAUGAUGCAGAGCAAUAAGAUCAGACGAGUUGCAGCUACUCGCAUGAAUGAGAGGUCAUCUCGAUCACACACGAUUUUCCGGAUUAUUCUGGAGUCGAAAGAUGCCAAUCAGAAAGAUGGACCUGUACAUAUAAGCUACCUUAACUUAAUGGACUUAGCUGGUUCUGAGAGAGUUUCUCUGACGAAAGCUGCUGGUGAGCGUCUUAAAGAGGGGGCUAACAUAAACAAAUCUUUGUCAGUAUUAGGAAAUGUGAUAAGGCAACUAAGCGAGGGUAAGGAGUUUAUCAGUUAUCGCGAUUCGAAAUUGACUAGACUGCUCUCACAGGCUCUUGGCGGUAAUGCCAAAUCAUUGAUUAUCGGGAAUGUUAUACGAUGCCAUAAUGAUUCUACUAUAAAGAGCUUCAGGAUUAAAUGGCUGAACUGGAAUGCCAAAACGAAAUCUGGAUUAUGA